GUCGAUCUCGAUGUGCUUUAUGCAGCACUUCAAAAGCUUGUCAAUGAAGAGAACAUCAUUCAGCGGCCUAUUCUGAUGCAAAGACUGGCCAGUGAACAAGGCAUAAACAUUGGUCGGACCAGUCUAAACAAAUACAUGGGUCUAUGGGGAUUAGGCGGCUCACGCAAAGCUGGAUACACGAAAGCUCAGAUGACCAGUGUAGUGGUGACACACAUCAAUCAACACGAUCCCCAACAUAGAGAGUCACCUACAAGAAUCACCUUGGCUCUGGGACAGAAGGGGAUACAUGUAAAGAGGUAUGUGCUGACAUUUGAGAUUACCAUACAAUUGCACAAGAAGCCUGCACUCACUUCGAGUGUGUUCAGGGAUAUUGUCACACAGAUCAUGCGUGAUCAUUUUCCGGAUGGAUUUCUGGCAAGGGCUCCCUCAUAUAGAACCAAGAAAGGACACCCUGCCCUUCUCACCUCCUAUGGUCCAAAUGAUCAGCUCUCUAUUGAUGGACAUGACAAGCUGAUUGACAUCGGCUUUGCUAUCUAUGGAAUGAGAGACAAAUUCUCACGGAAAUGGAUGUCUUUGCGAGCUGUGCCAAAUAAUCGAAGUAAUUCAAUUACUCGAUGGCUGUUCUUGGAGCUUGUGCAUGACAUGAAAGGUAUCCCUCUACAGGUCACCAGUGACCACGGCACUGAAGUCCUGGACAUAUUCAGUGACCAGUCGACUCUGCGAGAGCUGGCGCAGCCACAACUAAACAUACUCAUGGAAGAUCUGGGUGUGCUUGCUGCUCCUGAACCCCACCGAUUCCUGCCCUCUACCAAGAACAUUACGGUCGAAAGGGGAUGGCGACCUCUAGUGGACAAGUUCCACAGCAAGUUCAUUGUCAGCACGCAGAAUGCAAUCCUGACAGGAGAUUAUGUACCAGGAAACAAUCAACACCGUAUCAUCUAUCUAUAUCUGUUUGCACCCCUUGUGCAGAAAGAACUAGAGGACUACGUUCAUCUGACAAACUGUUCGAUCAUCCGCAAGCAACCCCAUACCAACCUACCAUCUGGCAAGUCACCCAAUACUAUCUACCAUUGCGAAGGAACCAAUUGCCUUCUGCCCCUUGAUGAAGUGGGCAUGAAUCAAGUGAGGACAUGGAUGGACGAGAUUACAAUUAGCCACCCACGAUUGCUGUCUUUCAUUGAGGAAGAUGAAGAGCAAUGGGCGUCUCAGCUUUUUGAGCAUUGUGCAUUCUUGGACAUCACACUUGGAUUCACUGUCAAUCUAUCUAAUGCAUGGAUGGUAUUCAGGAGCAUGGCAGAACAUAUAGACGAGGUACCCUACUUGUAA